UACCACAUUUUCAUAAACCACUCUCCAUGGUUACAUACAGUCAAAUGCUAACCAAGUGAUUGUGCACCUGUAUGUUGUUAAUAUAUGGAUGAGCUUAUGGUUUGUCGUAUAGGACUACUCUGCUCUAUGACAUUAUCUGCACAUUCGCUCAGUGUUAAAAAUAUGGUGUCUUCAAGAAUAUCCAAAUAUUUGCUAUAUUUGAUGUGGUUUUUGACGGUUAACCUAAUUUACAACUUUUCAGUCUUCGACUGUCAGACAAAUCCUAAAAGGAGUCAGACAUCAGGAAUAACAACUAGAAAUGCAAACAAAGAUAACAAAAUAAAAACUACUGAAAAACCGGUAAAAGUACCGAAACCUAUAGAGACUGAAACACAAAAGGCAAUCGACGAUAUCAUUAACUCUAAUCUUGAGUUAACAACAAUUUUAACCAUAAAUUACAGACAGUUGUCUGAAAACAAUGAUUCACUCGACGAGACCUUCAAUAUUGAGGAGAAAAACUUGACAUCAAAUGAAAGCUUAUUAAUGAUUAAUGACAUCGACUUAAACAUAACAACAACAAUAACAACGCCUAUACUCGACAACAAUAUUACCACAAAUAACUCGAUCGAUGUCCAGACAAUUGAUUACAUGAAUGUCACUCAAAAUGAUUUGAAUGUCACUAAUAUAAUAACUACAACACUAACACCCAUUGCCACAAACUUCAGUCAAUUAAUAGAUAACGAAGACUUGAAGACGACAACAAUCAGCGAAGUGACACAACAUCUCAACGAAUCACCAUUUGUUAGCUCAACCAUUGCUGCCAUCGAUUCAAUUACAGAAAGUUCAGUCGAUUUAGACAACAAUUCCCAGGAAGAGCUAACGCAAUGUGUUUUUGAAAAUCAUAUUCACUGUAAAAGUAAUAUUGAAUUGCAGUGCUUUGGUUUCGGUGAAAUUGAUUGCCGAUCACAGUCUAGGACACGAAGGGCUGUUCCGAUUGGCAAUCGCACAGUUGAUGAUAAUUUCGAUACAAAAGUGUUUAAAUCACAUCUCGAGAAGCAUACGCAAAGUGCGACAAUAGACAACUCAAGAUGUAUUUUAACUCCAGAGGAGAACUCAUAUUUUCUGUGCAAUCCUAUGCCAACACUUAAUCAGUGUAACGGUAGGUCUAUUUGUAGGCCAAGAGAUACAAUACGAGAACCUGGGAGUGAACCCCUUCCCGCGUGGAAAGUAGCUCUCAUCGCAACUCUCACCACAAUUGGUGUCAUUUGUUUUAUCGCAGUUGCUAUCAUUGCAUACGUUUCCUAUAAUAAACUCAAAGUUCGUCCUGAAAUGUCAGCAAAUGGUUAUCAUAAUAAUAAUAAUAAUAAUAAUAAUAACCACAACAAUACUAACACCCAAAACACCAGAGUUUAACAUCAG